UCUCAUUUCACCGCCCCACUUGCCAUUUCGGAGGUUUUUCUGGCCAUGCAAACCAUCAUCCAUUGAAUCAUUCAAGGUUCAAAACUCGCAUCCAAUUCGCUUGGGAAACAAUUCAAAGCCAAGAAAGCUCCAUGCACGACUAGGGCGAAGUACCGAUUCGUCUAUCAUUCGUGACCGCAAAACAAAAUUAUUCGAGCCUAAUCAUUCACCCCUCCAAGCCCCCACGGCUAAUUGGAGGGAAUUCUUCCUAUACACCAUGGCAGGAACACAGCAGCCAAAGUCUGCAAACACAAUCUUUUUGGAUCAACCUCCCAGCUGUCUCGAAUUCUGUCCCGAAAUCCCAAAUCAUUUCGUUGUGGGCACCUACCUCCUCUCCGAAACCAAGAAUGACGACGAUGAGAUUCAGCAAACGAAAACUGGCAGCGUGCAGCUAUGGAAAUUAGAUCCUAACACAAACGACCUAUCAUUGGUUCAAAAAGUAUCCCUUCCAUACGCGGUCUUUGACCUGCACUUCCAUCCAAGAGAUCCAAGCAAAUUCGCAAUUGCAAGCAGCACAGGCUGUAUCUCUCUGUUUAGCAUUUCUGCGACACAGCCAGGCAUUCAUCAAUUGUGGACCAAGCAAGUCCAUGAGGAUUCUUCUAUCCCGGCUCUCUUCUUUGCCUGGGCCCCAGAGAAAUGGCUCUCUCAAACGGACGCCGAUGGAUUCGCCGUAACGUUCUCAGAUAGUCGAACGGCCGUCUUUGGUACCACCAAAGACAUCACGGAUGAACGCGCUAUUACUGAAUAUGGUUCUUUCGAGGCACGACAAAUGAUUGAAGUAUGGUUCGUUGCACUGGCUGCGAUGCAAGGAUCUCAGAACGACGAAUCCAAGCAGCAUAUCCCCUUUAUGUUUACUGGAAAUGAUUUUGGGUCCCUUCACACGCGUCGAUUCGAGUCCCAUAAUACCAAAGAGCAAGGCGACGAUGAACCGCUCGCAAAUCUACUCCUUGAACAUGACGAUCGAGCCCGUCACCACACUGCCGGCGUGACAUCGAUUCUCCCCUUACCAGUCUCCCUUGUUGAUGAUGCCCCAAUUCUAUUGACUGGUAGCUACGAUGAAGGGCUGCGCGUGUACCAUGCUACUCGACGAGGCGAAGUACUUGCCGAGCAAGGUCUUGGCGGUGGUGUCUGGCGGCUGCAGCUGCUAGACACGAAAGAAUUUGGCUCGGAUCGUCAGUUCUUAGUGCUCGCAAGCUGUAUGCAUGCCGGUACGAGGAUCGUGAGGGUCAGUCAGAAACAGCAGGAUCAGACUGCAGAAUGGGGGAUUGCGAUGCUGGCAGAAUUUACAGAGCAUGAGAGUAUGAACUACGCCAGCGAUGUGUAUAAAGGCUCCUCCGCUGAGCUGCUUUGUGUUUCGAGCAGUUUCUACGAUCGUCGGGUUUGCGUGUGGAGGGCAAAUGUAUAACUGGGAAUCGUCUACGAGAGUCAGAUAUCCUCCUCGGAAUCUUGUUUUCAUAAACACGCUAGACCAAACACAAUGCAACCGCAAGAGGUAUACAAGUACAUCUGCACUGGAGAACCAUGGACCGAGAUAAGAAGUUAUAAGGUAAUAGGGUGUAUCCAUUGAUUUCCAGUGGUGAAAUAGCCACCAUCGCCAGCACUUCACAUUAAACAAUCGUCUCCAGCUCCCGAGCGUAACCCAGUGUGUUCUCGAUAACGGUGCCGCUGGCCACCAGGAUAUCCUUCUCCGAUCUCGUGGCCGCCUCCGGCUCGACAGGGAAGUGUAUCCGUCCAUCACGAAGUAUCCAGCCACGCUGCUGAGCAAACUCGAUAACUGCACCCUCGGAUUCCAGGAAGAGGAGGUUCUUGGCGUUGGAGAUAGGGAGGGAGGGAUAGGCCUUCUCGGAGCAGUCUGCGAUCUCGCUGCGGAUGGUGCCGAUGAGAACCUGUAAAAUGGGGGUUAUUUAGUCACGCUGAAAGGUCAUCAUUCAUGAUUUAACAGUUGUCACUCACGUUUGAGAACAAUCCGAAGUCCUCUGAUGGCACACGCUCCGACUUCGUUUCCCGCCACACCUUAUCAUAGCUACCCUCCAUCAAGUUCCGCUCCAGUUCAACUGGAUACUUGAUAUAGGCAUCAUCCUCAAUACGACCGCCCUUCAAACUAGCCUCUUCGACCAAUCCCUCCAGCACAGUGUGGAAGUUGGCACUGUCGCCCAUGCUUAGCAAAAGAAGCAGAUAGAGUCCUGUGAUCUUGCUGCGCUGGCUAGUGCUGAAAUCAACCUCAGAGGAGCUCUGCCCGGGUACACCGGCGUGUCGCUCCAGAUCGUAGAAUGGCUGAAGCUGCUGGUAGUAUCUCGUGAAGGACUGUGCGUCGGUUUGCCGAAUGGAGGCGAGGGCGCCGAGCUCAAGGACUUGUCGGGCAAGGACAACAAGCUGUGGUGGCGUAGAAGGAGUCGGGAUGAGGGCAUUUUGCAUGAGAAGAGCACGCUUGGCUUGGCUGAGGAGGUUGUUGGCAGCGUCCAGCUGUUUGCGCUCCAGAGCGUUCUGGAGCUCUGGGACAAGGGACUUGAGGUCCGACAUGGCUGUGUGAUGUGGUGAGAUGAUAGGAAUCGGGUAUAUUCAGAAAGACGGCCCAAAUUCAGAUGGAAUAGAUGACUGCAAUAGCAGAAAUGAAGGUAUUGGGUGGUGCUGGCUUGGAU